CAUGGUGAAGCAAAAGGCCAACUAUGAUGCCAAGAAGGAUGCCAAGGUGCAGCAAGAGUCCAAAUACAGUAUGUAUGGUUAUGCCCCCGCCUUACAGUACUGGGCAUAUGAGGCUAUCCAACAGCUUGCGGUGGAGCUUGUUGUGAGCUCGGGAAACAUGUUCCCGAGGAUGCUUAGCUGGUCGCAUCGGAAGAACAAGGAUUUCACCAAGUCUGUCAUCGCACCGAUAUUAUUGAAGAAGAAUUUAAUUGUUCUUCCGAUGUUGAAGCCUCGGCCAGCAGAAAAAGACUAUUACUUGUCUUUGACUGAGGGAGAUCUUCCCCUUUAUCCUGGGCUUGGCCAGGAUCCCUCGGAGACUGAUGAGGAGGAGGAUGCGACUUUUGAGAAAAUGGCAGAGAAAGUUUCUCAGGCUGCCGAGGCAGCCAAGAUAUUUGUUGAUGCUGCCCCGGGGGAGGAGGUUGCAGGUCCCACCCCUCCUAUUCCCCCAGCCUCAGCCUCAGCCCCAGCCUCAGUGUCAGCCCCAACACCAACCCCACCACCAGCCUCAGCCUCAGCCCCUGAGCUGGCCGACUUGAUUGAGCGGUUGGACAGAGUCGAGGGUCGACAGGAGACCCUCUUGAAGAACCAGUCAGUGAUCUUGGACGUACUCAGUCAGAACCUGACAUUUGUUAAGGAGAAACCGAGGGGGUCCAAUGAAGAUUCAGAGUCAGAGUCAUUGGAUCUUCCGCUAGACUAUGUUGAUGAUCCAACGACGCCCCCUACCAUCAUUGUGACACCACGAGGAAAAGACCUCGCACUGCUGCAGCUGCACCAGCAGACGAGGCUACACAAGAGGCUACACAUGUGCUGGACCCUCUCAAGAAGCCAGAUCCCAAACAGUAUAGGACAAUGUGCAAGUGGCUUCUUGGAGACAUGCCCAACAAGACCCCGCGGGAUGUAAAGACUGGGAGUCACGGUCCAGCAUGGUUUCUGACGUUGAAGACACCCCAGUCGUGGCUCAAUGAUGGGGUAAGCAAUUUAUACCUAAUUAUGGACUAUUUUCAAUUUUACAUGUUUUAUUUUUACUGACUCGAUGUGAGCUCGAUAGGAGUUCGAUAGUAGUUCGACAUGGAUGUUAAAAUAGGGGUUGUUCUUUACUAUUUCAGAGUGGCUCGA